AUGGUGAACCUCGGGCUAGCACGAAUCACGGCCUUGCUCAAGCAGACACCACAAACAUGGAAAGCCAUCCAUGUCGCUGGAACAAAUGGCAAGGGCUCCAUAUGUGCGUAUCUGACCGCCAUGCUACGUGCCAAUCAAAUAUCGUGCGGCAGGUUCACCUCGCCUCAUCUCAUCGAUCCUCGAGAUUGCAUCACCAUCAACGAUAGUGUCGUGUCUGAGAGCAAAUUCAAGCACUUCGAAGACUUGGUCAAGAGGAGAAAUGAGGAGCAAUGUCUUGGCGCGAGCGAAUUUGAGCUGCUCACGGCCACGGCUUUUGAGAUAUUUGAGUCGGAGAAAGUCGAGGUUGGUAUAAUCGAAGUAGGGUUAGGCGGAAGACUGGAUGCGACAAAUGCACUAAAACAUAAGCGUGUCACUGUCAUUUCCAAAAUUGGUAUCGACCAUCAAUCUUUUCUAGGAAAUACUAUCGAGGAGAUCGCUCUUCAAAAGGCCGGCAUUAUGCGGCAAGGGGUGACCUGUGUCGUGGAUGGCAGCAACCCUGGUUCUGUAUUGGGUGUUCUAAAGAAGCAUGCCGAAGAAACAGGUAGCCACGUUCAAUUUACAGAUCCGGAGUCGGAUACGCUUGUCAAGAAGUUGAGGGAUAACCUUGAGCCACAUCAACGCCAGAAUCUUGCAUGUGCCCAUGAAGCAUUCCGACUCGCGUAUCCUCAACUUGCCAGCUCUACAGAUAUCCUUGCAUCCGCUGCCCGAGAUAUGGUAUGGCCUGGACGGCUUCAGCAAUUGAGUAUCGAGAAGUUAACUGGCAGGAAAGAAAAUGUUCUCCUGGAUGGGGCACACAACCCUCAAUCAGCAGAAGUGCUCUCGACCUUCGUUGAGAAACAUCUACGAUCUCAAGGCAAACCCAUUACUUGGGUGCUUGCCGCCACACAAGGAAAAGAUGUAUCAGAAAUGUUCAAAUUAUUGUUACGUGAUGGGGAUUCUAUAGUUACAGUCGAAUUCGGGCCUGUGGAUCAGAUGCCUUGGGUUCGACCAACAGAUUCGGCAGCAUUACUCAACGCGGCGAGCAAAUGCGUUACAAUUGCUUCGCAGUCCGAUGCGUCCACGAAUGUGCGCUCGGCCCUCAACUGGGCAAGCCAAGCUGCGAACGAAGGCCCGCUUGUUAUUGCCGGAAGUCUUUACCUGGUAUGCACAGUCCCAAUAUACAUAAUGACCUCCGAACCCCCUAAAAACUUAAUCAUCGUAUGCUGUCACGGCAUAUGGCUUGGCGGCCCUUCACUUGGCCGUGGCGAGGAUGAAUGGCUGAUCGCGGGAUUCCAAAAAGGCGAAACGCCAACCUUCGUCGAGCAUAUCAAGACUGGAUUGCGCAUCUUGAAAGAAGAUAAGGGUUCUGUAUUGAUGUUUUCCGGUGGCCCCACGAGGAAAGAGACCCGUCUAUCUGAAGCGCAGAGUUAUGCCGAUCUCGCCAGCGCCAACUUAUAUUUUGGAAUCUUAUCUGAAGCCGAAGCGGCGGGGCGGAUAUCCUGCGAAGAGCGGGCUUUAGACUCGUACUACAACGUGCUAUUUUCGCUCAUCAAAUUUUGGGAAGAUCACGGAAGGUGGCCGGAGAAAUUGACGUUAGUGAGCCACGCCUUCAAACGCGAGCGUCUCGUCGAUUGUCACUGCGGCGCUAUCGGUUUUCCUUUAGACCGCGUCGACUUCGUCGGCGUGGACCCGCCAGGCAUGGUCGACGGGUCAAACCAGGCCGCCAUCAAAGGUAUCGUUGAGGCAAUUACGCAGUGGAAUGAAGACCCCCACGGCAAAGGCGAGCUCCUAGCUGGUAAGCGCAGGAAACGAAACCCGUGGGGAAUUCCGCAGACGCUCUUUGCCAACGAAGAAGAUCGAGCUCGCAGCGGUGUGAAGUCGAUGUUUGCAGAGGGAGAAGAAUGUCUUAUAGAAGGGGUUUCCCAACCAUGGUCAAACCAAUGAUAUCUCUUGAUUAUCACAUCUUUUUGAUUUUAUUUGUAAGUAACUAAGCUAAAUUUUAGGAGCUGCGGCCUCAUCCUUGCUAUCCUUGCUAUCCGCCAGCGCCACCGUGUCAAGGACAAACCGCACAGCGUCUUUCUUCAUCUCCGUACUGAAUUCGUGGCCCACACCCGGGUAAACGUUGUCUUCGACGUAAAUACCUCCAUCGGAGUACCAGCUGUUUGUGGCAAUCUUGAAGAAUUGCAUGAAUGGCUCGCUGAUUCUGUACGGGAC